CUUCUGCACUGCCCAUCUCAAAACUUUCGCCUUUUUCGUUUCCCUGUGACGUUUUCUUGGACAAAAUGGGGAGGAUGCCAUAUCUGGCUCUGAAUAGUGAUCCCCUAAUGGAGGAGUCGAUAAAUUCUGAUAUCAACGAGCUUAAAAUUGCAGCCACGAGGCUUCUUGAACAUGCCACCAAGCUCGGUGGAAAGGGCCUUGGCACUUCUUUUUUCAAAUGGCUUGCUUCCUUUGCUGCCAUUUACUUGUUGAUUUUGGAUCGCACAAACUGGAGAACGAAUAUGCUUACUUCACUUCUAGUCCCUUACAUUUUCUUCAGCCUUCCUCAAGGGAUUUUCGACUUGUUGAGAGAGGAUGCUGGGAAAUGGAUUGCCUUCGUUGCAGUGGUAUUGAGGCUCUUCUUCCCACGACAUUUCCCAGAUUGGCUGGAGAUUCCAGGGUCGUUGAUUCUGCUUGUGGUGGCAGCACCAGGGUUCUUUGCCCACACAUUGAAAGACCACUGGGCGGGAGUGGUUAUAUGUUUGGUAAUUGGAUGCUACCUUCUACAAGAGCACAUUCGUGCCUCUGGUGGCUUCAGAAACUCCCUCACUCAGAGCCAUGGAAUUUCCAACACCAUUGGCAUCAUCCUCCUCUUUGUUUUCCCUGUUUGGGCCAUGCUUGCUCACUUCUUCUAGUUCCACCUCUACAAAAUAUUACAUUGGUCGAACAAGAGUCUGAUACAAUUCUAGGAGGGUGUGUUUUAACACUUUUGGAUAAUUUGGAGGUGUUCUUAGUUCUUAUAAAGGGAACAAACUGUUCUAGAAAUAGUUAUAGAAGAAAGCUGCAGGAAAUUAAUCAAGGACUAUAAAUG